UGCUUGAUAUUUAUUUCUUUUCUUGACCCGGCAUUGCAGAAGAAUUCCAUAGCCGUUUUCUCUAACCGUAUAAACCUUUGAUCGACGUAUUGAAACAAAAAACAGUAAAAACAAACAGCGUAAGACAAUCGACUGAAGAAGCUGAAGGCCGGAUACGAGAGAAUUUGAAAGUAUUUGAUUGAAAAUAAAAAGAAAAGCAUAUACAUGUCAAAAUGUCGCAGGCAUAUCUGAUUUCGAAACGGAUGGAUCCUUUAUUUGGAAUGGCGAUUGGCAUUUACGGAUAUUAUUUAUACGAGAAAGAGCAUCCUCGACCUCAAGGCAAAAGAUUGCAAGAACUCAUGAUGAAACGCUGGAAAAUACGUAACAAUGCUGGAAGUUCCGAAACUAUUGAGAAAUGAGACAUAAGAUGGAGUAGCCCAUUGUCAAUGAUAUUAUUUGUAGUACAUUGAAGAAUCAAGUUUGCAAGGAAAACUGAAAAAUCUCAAUGGAUCAAUAUUUGUUGUAUGCUAAAG